AUGCCUUUACUCAAAGACCCUUCCCGCAAAUACCGCCGCUUCAAACCCCUCGACAUCCCCGACCGCCAAUGGCCCACGAAAACCCUCGACAAAGUUCCCCGCUGGCUGGCAACCGAUCUCCGAGACGGCAACCAAUCCCUCGUCGACCCCAUGGACGGCGACCAGAAAUGGCGCUACUUCGCCAUGCUCGUCCAGCUCGGGUACAAAGAAAUCGAGAUUUCCUACCCCAGCAGCGGCGCCACCGACUUCGAUUUCACGCGCCGUCUCGUUACGACGCCCGGGGCGGUGCCGGACGACGUGUGGUUGCAGGUGUUAAGUCCCUGUCGCAAGGAGCUGAUCAAGCGGACGGUGGAGAGUCUAAAGGGUGCGAAGAAGGCGAUUCUACAUCUGUAUCUCGCGACGAGUCCGUGUUUCCAGCAGAUUGUGUUUGGGAUGAAUAACGAACAGAGCAAGCAGUUGGCGGUGGAGUGUACGAAGUACGCGCGAAGUAUUACAAAAGACGAUCCGAAUUCCGGGGUGGAGGAGUGGAGGUACGAGUUUAGUCCGGAGACGUUCUCGGAUUCCGAUCCGGAGUUUGUGGUGGAUGUGUGUGAGGCGGUGAAGGCGGCGUGGGAGCCGACGGAGAAGGAUCAGCUGAUCUUCAACCUACCGGCGACGGUGGAGAUGAGCACGCCGAAUGUGUAUGCGGAUCAGAUUGAGUAUUUCUGCCGGAAGAUUACGGAGCGGGAGAAGGUGUGCGUGAGUCUGCAUCCGCACAACGAUCGGGGUUGUGCGGUCGCCGCGGCGGAGUUGGCACAAAUGGCGGGCGCGGAUCGAGUAGAGGGGACGUUGUUCGGCAAUGGCGAGCGGACAGGAAACGUAGACCUCGUCACACUAGCCCUAAACCUUUACACGCAAGGCAUUCACCCCGGCAUCGACUUCAGCGACCUCAACAGCGUCAUCGACAUCGUGGAGAAGAGCAACAAGAUCCCCGUGCACCCGCGCGCGCCCUACGGCGGGCAACUCGUCGUCUGCGCCUUCUCCGGCUCGCAUCAAGACGCCAUCAAGAAGGGUUUCGUGGCGAGGGAGAAGUCAGGCGCGACGAGCGAGGAUCCGUGGGUCAUGCCGUACCUCCCUCUCGACCCCGAGGAUAUCGGACGCACGUACGAGGCGAUCAUCCGCGUGAAUAGUCAGAGUGGCAAGGGAGGCGUGGCGUGGAUCAUCAAGCGCACGCUCGAGCUUGACCUGCCGAGGGGGCUGCAGAUCGCGUUCAGCAAGAUUGUGCAGAGGGAGACGGAUAUGUUGGGCCGCGAGCUGCAGGCGAAUGAGAUCAAGGAGUUGUUCGUGGAUGCGUAUCAUUUGAAUCGGAAUCCGAGGUUCGCACUCAUCGAUUACAACAUCACGAGCGACCGGUCUGUUUCGCCUGCGCCACCGGCGGCGGCGGCGGCGGCGGCACCAACAGCGAAUGGUACCAAAACGCCUUCUUCCCGUAAUCUGAGGAGGAAGUUUGAUGGUGUGAUUGAGAUUGAUGGCGUGGAACAUAACGUUUCCGGGACGGGGAAUGGUGCUUUGAGUGCGCUGGCGAACGCGUUGAGGACGUUGGGGAUUGACUUGGAUAUUGCUGAUUAUAAGGAGCAUUCGAUUGAGAAGAAGGAGGGGUUGGUGAAGGGGCGGGAUACGCAGGCCGCGACGUUCAUUGAGUGUACGGCGGCGGGUCAGGCGCAGAAGGUGUGGGGAGUGGGGAUUCAUGAGGACGUGGUGCAGUCGAGUCUGUUUGCGUUGCUGUCGGCGGCGUCGUCGGCAAGUUCACAUUCCUUUUGUAGGUUUCUGUCCUCGAGACCGUCGACUCCAGUACCAUUCCGGCCGAAGCGGUCUAAUACGGCGACGCUGGAGGCUUCACCACUUUCAGGAUUGAGGAACGAGAUGAAUGGCGCGCCAGCUAGUGCACCGGACGCUGUGGCCAAGUUUGAGGCGAAAGUUGAGGAGCAGGAACAGGCGCGGCAGGUUGACGGUGUCGUCACUACUAAUGGUCAUACUUGACGUCGCGUUCUUCACAGCGUCUAAUUCGGUGCAAACUCAGCGGGCGUUGGGAUGGAAGGGUCCGGGAUGCAUCAACGGUGGGGCCAGCGGAAAAGUCACUGUAUCGUACGCGCGCAUCGAACCAAACGCAUGUAGUGAGGUGCCUGGAUGGCGUAUUUGGAAGCUUUAUGAUUGUUAAGCUCACCCCCUCAACCUCGCCUCCCUGCCCGCCCGCUCCCUUGCCAAAUCCGCCCUGCCCAAAAACUCCUCCCUCUCCAAAUACGUCCCCCGACUCCUCCCAUACAUCGCCAUCUCCUCCCCCAACCCCUCCGUAUCGACAAAUCCCUUCCAAUCCAGCGCGCUCUUUUGCACCGUCGUCAUCUUCUCCGCCUUUCGCUUCUGCUCCUCCUCCGCACGCUUCGCCGCCAUCAGCACGUCCAAUCGAUUAGGAGCUCGUGGCCGCAGUUUUUCCGCGGCGACGCCUUUGAUUGUGGCGGUGGGGUUGGGUUC